AUGAAGUUGAUUGUAGCUGUAGGUUUACUCUGCCUUGUGGCGGUGUACGGACGAGAACUCGCUGAAGAUGAGAAGGAUCUCGUAGCUGCUGCGAGCGACAAAGGUCAUUCCCACAAAUCUGGUGGCGGCAAGGAGCAUCACCAUCACCACCAUCACGACCACGGCGAAAAAGGUCACAAGGGCCACAAAGGCCACCACCAUCACCACAAAGGUGAUCACGGUGAACACCACAAACACCACCACGGUGAACACCAUCACGAACACGGCGACCAUCACAAGAAGCACUGGGACGAGCACGACCAUCACGGCCACCACCACGAAGCCGGACACCACCAUAAAGGAGGCAAGCACGGCCACCACAAGCAUCAUGACAAAGGAGAAAAAACCGACGGCUACCACAAGAAAUACCACAAGGACCACUUCCACAAGGACCAUCACUUCUACGAUGACCAUCAUCACGAAGGCAAGCACCACAAGCACGGGCAUCACGAGGGACAUCACGACAAACACGGAGAACACCACAAGAAAGGUGGUCAUCACCAUCACGGUCAUCAUGAGCAUCACCACGGUAAGCACGGUCAUCAUGACAAGCAUCAUCACGACGAGAAGCACCACGGCCACAAAGGACACGAGGGCCACGAGGAGCACCAUCACGGUCAUCACGACCAUGGCAAGAAGGGUGGCCACAAAGAUCAUAAGGCAUGGGGCUUCCAUCACGGCAAGCACUGAUCUCUAUACGAACUGUGAUAUUUUUAAUUGUAAGAAUUUGUUCAACUAUUGUUUAACAUACCAAAUAGUUCGCUUCCCCUCCUAUUUAUAUCUUCCAAUACUUCUCUUCAUAGUUAAGUUUCUAGAAGACAAAUCGAUGUUCUUACCUCUUCAAUCUGUUAUCUAAACAGACUAUUAUUUGUUAUGUUAAACCUUAGUGAGUGAAAGACUUGUG